AAUUAACUCUAAUCCUUUACUAUUAACUUAAGUCAGACAUUGAAAGCAUCCAUUUUUAAUCAGUUUACUGAGUUUGAUCCUGUUUCUGUUUUCGUUAAGCACAAGUUAGUUGUUUAAGGUGGGUGGCUUUUGUAUAGCAUGAGAUUGUAAUAAACAAUAAGUAACUAUCAUCACAUGUUGGAGAGUUGAUAAAAUUAAGGUUGAUGGAAUGCUGAACAUUAUUGUGGCUUAAAUUGAAAGAAUUAAUACAAUUUAAAGAAGAAAACGUUGAAUUGAUGAUAUUAAUCGAUAAUUUUUAUCUUAUGAAUAGAUUUUUUCUGAGAACUUAUUCAGAGAACGCCCUCAUUGACUUUAAUCAAUAAAUUUUGAUCAAAGUCAAUGAAGGCAUCAACGAUUGAUUCAUCAAUCUGAUUUCACACAUUGUCACCUUAAACAUGAAAGAGAUUAAAACUUACAAAUUGUUUGUUAAUCUUUUCAACACCUUUGCUUGGUCUUACUGGAAUGGCUUAACGCCCCUCUCAAUGUUAAUAAAUUAAUUGUUCAGAUAAAAUUUUUCUUUACACAAUUUUUCAAUUUCAGAUCAAUCUCUUAGGUGUAAAUUGAAUAUUCAAACCACCUUACUUAACCCAAAUCUUACACAUGAACAAUUGAUUCGAAGAUGAAAAUGGAUCUCAACUUUUCUUUUUUACUUUGUUUUCUUUACUUCAUUAACUCAAUUUUCUGUGAUGAUUUCAAAUGCCCUGAAAGGGGUAAAGUUGGUGAAUUGAAGGUUCCAAAUGUUCGCAGUUUGAUUGAUAAACAAACUGGUUAUUAUGCUUCCGUUGAAGUUAUUAAUCCAACUCGAAACAAUUUGAUCCAUGAUUAUUAUGAUUGGCAAAACAGUGUUGGAUUUGUUGACUUGGAAGCGACCAUUCAAGAUAAAAUGAACCGACGUUAUUAUUAUCAUCCAACAGAGGAAAAGAUUGCUAUUCGAGAAAAUACAUGUACAAGGAUGGACUUGACCCAGAAUGAGAAAGUGGAAUCGGUCAAAGAUUGGUUUGAACCAACUGAUAUUGUCGCUAAUUCAGAGAUGUUCAAAGAUUUCAUUUAUUUAGGACCAACAGUGUUGAUGAUUUAUGCCAACAGUAUAAGUGAUAAAGCUUCCUACGUGGGAUCUGAACUGAUUGAAGGGCGUAGUGUUAAUCAUUGGUUUUAUUGUACCAACCCUAAUGGACCUUACAUUGACUUUUACUUUGAUGUUAAGACCUCGUUGCCUUAUCGGUUCUCCUUGAAUUAUCCUAAAUGGAUUGAGACCCAAGAGGUAAUUUCGGUAAAUGAAACUCGAACAGUUAAAAAGCAAGUUGAUUCCGAUGAAAAAUAUGUUUACAACUUUUUCAAGUUCAAACCGUUGGUAAUAUCAUCUAAUGAGGCCAUUCCUUAUCCAUUGGGUUAUGGGUGUGCUCGUAAAGGUACUCAUCCAUCUACUCCAUUGCCGGAUUUCAGUCAAACUCCCAGAUUUUCUAUGGACAUGGAGGCGAUAAUCACCUAUCCUGACCGUGACCCUAUCAAAUCAACUGCUCGAGUAAUGAAAUUAGGCGAUAUUAUUUCAUACGAGAUUCAAGAAGAAACUGCUUUCGUUCGUUCCAUUGAGAUGCCUACUCCUUUAGGGCGAUAUGAAGUUGAUGAACACACUGGUCGAUGCAGCUAUUUAACAUCAGAUUAUUCUAAAGAUGUUACACUGAUAACUCGUUGGCCUUUUCAUGAAGACCGUGGCUUCAAUCUUUUCUACUAUCUGGUAAUGAAACCACCUCGAGAUCAUGCACCAACUUUCAUUGGUGAAAUACCUUUAGGACCUUUUCAAGUGGAGGAAUACAGAGCAGCUAACUUUUUCUCCAAUAGAAUAGAUGCCAUUGUCGACUACUAUUACACGCUAAACACCAGUUAUUACACUCCAAGUAAAGUCAUAUUUACUCCAGAUCGAAGCGAUUAUUAUUAUAUUAAUGGAUACACCAAUGCGCCAACUCAAGUUGAAGUGACCAUCAUCAAUUACGAAAACAGUGACAUUGAUAUUGAAGAUCGAUUCGAUGUUUCUGGCUGUUAUGAACAACCUGGAAGCUUUACUUGGUUUCAACUUUUCUACUCAGAUCCUGAUCUGACUGAUUUCAAUAUGGAAGCCCUUAAACGAUCAACACAAGAUUAUUUGAUCAAUUUCAUUCCAAUAACUCGCAUUGGUGAAAUUCAUACACAACAAAUUGAAUCUAAUCUUUAUUUUACUGUUAAGCUGCAUGAUCGAGUACAUUUCAUUGAUGCUUAUCGACACCGUCAACCAUAUACAAUUAACAAUCCUUCAAAUAUCGUAAAAAGGUUUAAAGUCGAGGACUGUGAGCAACUGUGCAGUUCAACGCCAAAUUGUUUCGAUUUUAGUUAUUGCUCAGAUUACGACUGUUCAAUUUACGCAAAAACAAAUAUGUAUUAUGAUUAUGUGGAAACAGAAUACAAGAAGGACUGCAAAUUUUAUUCCAGAUCUUCAUCGGUUGAUGUUUCACCAUUGGUUAGAGCAAAUUACUUAUCGACAAUGCCACACUUGUUACAACAGAUAAGGAUUCAAGUCCAGACUCAAGGAAGAGGCUUUGAAGAUUUGUUCGUAGUGAAUGGACCUGACGAGAUUGGUGACAUUUCCCAGGAACUCCAUAGACGUGGUUCCUUUAGACCUUUAAGAACUGAAGAUUUUCCAAUGAUUAAAUCUGAUCGUCAUUUCAAGGAAGCACAGUUCAAGAUUGAGAAAGGCUCUCUUCAAAAUUGUUUUCAUGGCUUGCUUGAAUGAUGAUGAUUGUAAUACAAUUUCAUAUUGCAUCAAUCAGAACAAGGAAUGUAUUCUGAGUGGAGAAACAUUAAGUUCAUUGGGAGACAAACUUGAAGAAAAGACAAGCCAUGCAGAUGGAUGCAACAUCUAUCAGAAAUCAUUCAUCAAUCUAUUCCAUGAGUAUCCUGGCAAAAGUCUAGUUCUAGAUGCCGUCUCAACCACAUCUAAUGUACCAAUUGGUGACUGUGCUAAAAAAUGUGCUCAAUCAAAUGAUUUCACUUGUGAAUCAUUUGAUUAUUGCCAAGAUAACUAUCAAAGAAAUGAAUCUGUUUGCUUCUUACAUGUUAACCACAUUGAGAUAGACAAAGCUCAUCAAAUAAAUGCAACAAACUGGAAGGUAGCUGAAGCUGGAUGUUCCCAUUAUUCAAAAAAAUCUGAACUUGAUUAUGAACACAAAGUUGGACUUUCAUUGAAAGAUAAGACAAAAGAAUCAAUUGUUGGUACCUUUGACCAUCUAUCACUUGAACACUGUGCUUCCAAAUGCAAUACAGAUCCCAAUUGUUUCACAUUUGAGUUCUGUGAAACAACUAAUUAUAAGAAAAUGUCCGAUAGUAGUUCUUCAUUGUCGAGUUGUUCAUUGACCAACUUGAAACCAGAUAAGGUUAACGAAGCUAAACUAUUUGAUGAAGUAAAAGAUGACAACAAAAUUUGUUCGAUUUACAUAAAUCAUAAGAAGAUUACAGGAAAGAGUAAAACUAAUCCACAUUCAGCAGAAUUAUCAGCACCAAAGGAAUCAAGUAACUCUAAUUUAGCAAUCGGAUUGGGAGCAGCAGUAUUCGUUAUGGCGUUUGCUGGUGGAUUCAUUGGAUUUAAAUUUGCUGCUAAAAAAGAGAUCAUUUCAUAGACUUAUUGACAGCCAAAAAUCAACAUCAGAGGAAACCUGAAAUUCAUGUUCACGUAAUCUUAAUCAGUCUGAUACAAUCAUCAAUAAGUACCAAUAAGAUCAAAAUUAUGUUCAGUUUCCUAUUGCAUUGUUUUUUAUCUCUACAAACUAAAUAUGCUCGAGAUACCGGUACCUAAAAUUAACUUAACUAUGACCUUUUUUGUUAACUCAAGUCUGGCUUUACAGUACUUGAAAUAUUUUAAUAAAUAAGAGAUUUGAUAAAAAUGUAAA